AUGUCAUCUACAUCGUACGAAGCUACGACUUAUUACUCGUUACAUGCAGUAUAUAGUAGCGACUUGCCAUUUUUUAUUACUCAAACAACCUUAUCCUAUUUGUUAAGCGGAGAAAUCGAACUACUGCGGAUGAGGGUCGACAAAAUUGUACCCAGUGAGAUGAAUAUCACAUUGAGCACCGGAAGUCCAUAUGGAAAUGAGCGGAUCAAGGAAAUUGUAAUUUUGUUUGAUGAGUAUGCGAAUCAUACUCGACCAUUGACAGAAUUGAGUUACAAAUAUAAUUACAACUAUGCGAGUUUGCUGGAGAAGGAGAUUCAGCUCGAGUUAUCUAAUGGAGUAAUGGAAACUCUUAGCAUUGAGAGCAGUUCUACAAACGAGGUCCAGAGACUUUUGGAGGAGCAGCUAGUGCUCCCCAACAAACCACAAAAUAAUUUGCUGUUGAGGGUUAGGGCAGCUUCACGAAGACAAGAGAUGUUACGUUUGGGCUGA